GCCGCUGUUUGGCCGCAUGAAUUGAUUUUUGCGGUUGGGGAGGGCUACACUUGUUGAGCUCGAGCCGACGCGGCGACCUUGCAGCGCCAGGACUCGGCACUGCGCCGUCCUCUGCUGGCUGUUAAGCUGCGUGACCCUUUCCUUCCCCUUGGCGCCGGAGGGAAGCCAGACCUGGGCGGACCGGGAGGCCGGCUUGCUGCUUGAUCCCCCUAGGAAUGGCAGCCCCAACCAUGAAGGAAAGGCAGGCUUGCUGGGGUGCCCGGGACGAGUACUGGAAGUGUUUAGAUGAGAACACAGAGGAUGCUUCUCAAUGCAAGAAGUUAAGAAGCUCAUUUGAAUCAAGUUGUCCCCAGCAGUGGGUAAAAUAUUUUGAUAAAAGAAGAGACUUCUUAAAAUUUAAAGAAGAAUUUGAAGCAGGAAAACCCCAGCCUUUAAAAAGAACUGCAAAAUCCUAAGCUGUUCUUGAACUUUUCAAAAUGGUUGAAACUACUCUUUCUGGACAUUCAAAAAGCUCCACUGACUGUGGGACAAUAGUUUGAAUCAUGGUAAACAUCAGUGCUUGUUCCCUGUGUACAACACUUAAUAACUGAAAGGAUCAAGGAAUA